AUGUAAAUCAUUCACAGGAAUAUCAGGAGUACUGACUGCGAACAUGGUAUCAGAAAAGCUCUUUUAAUUCAAUUAAAAGCUUCGCAAAUAUUAAGUAAUCAAAUAAACUUCAAAUUAAAGCCUUACAAUUGUUUGCUGUGUAAAAAACAGUACUACAGACAUUACCAACUUGUCAAGCAUACCUAAAACAAGCACCCAUAUUAAUAAAAUAUUGAAAAUUUGAUGAGAGUCAAAAUGGUUUCAAAAUAGGAUAGAAUAUAAGUUCAAAACCAUUUUACAAAUGAAAAUAUCACCGAUUUAAAAAAUGAGCAAAUAUUAUCUAUCUCAGAGAAAGAUAGAACAAAAAUGUAAGCCUUGGGUUUACAAAAUAAAGUUUAAUGUAAAGAAAGAGUUUUUGCUUCAAAUGACCAAUCAUCAAUGAUUGAUUCAAAUGGUCAAAAUUCUAAUGAGACAUAUAUAGCAUCAGAAAAUAUUUUUGGUUCUUGCUUGAAUUCACCUUUCUAAAGCAGAUCUACAGAAGAACUUGAUUGUAGUCCUUCUAGAUAUUUGAUUAGCUAAUAGGAUCAAUAUUUGGAAGAUUCGUUAUCACUUGAUCAUUUCAUUGAGUAUUAAGAUUCAAAUACAUCAAUAUAAUUACUACCCUAAUAUUAUGGAUCUCAAAUAUUUGAUUGA